AAGGCGGAAGGCUCUGAUCACCUGUGCGCCGCUUUUUUCCAGAGCUUUGUUUAACUCAUUAUCGUUUAAUAACCCAAAUAUAAAAACCAAACACUGCAAUAAUUAAUUACUCAAUACAGUAAGAGAUUGGAUAAUCCUAACAUGUCGGCAUCAUACACAGUUUUGUGAUCAUAUUUAUCAUAGACGAGCAUGUAGGGAGCCUUGAGCGGAUACAUCAAGAAUAUUACUCUAUUGAAUAUUUCCGCAACUUUGAUAGAUCUUACACGUUUGAGAAAUGCAGAAUUCUGAAAUAUUCGAAACCAGCAUUUAGCUUUUUAAUGAAAUAGUUUAGUGCUUAUUACAAAAGGAUUUUUUUCAAUUGGAUUUGAUUUUUUAAUUAAAUAACCUAGAAAAUAUAAAACGAAGCAAUUUAACUGUUUGAAACAAUCAUACCAAGGAAUUUAAAUAAUAAUGUGAACAUUAAAGUGAAGUGUUAUUCUUAAAAAUGGGAUUAGAAUUUUUAUUGUUUGAAAAAGGUAUUCAGGGAUUUCUUGUGAAUUUUAUUUUAGGCUUAUAAAUGUUAAAAGUGAUUUUGCUACACAAAAUGACGAAGAUAGAUAUUAUAUGAAAACACAAAACUAUGUUUCAAGUUUGUUCAUUUGAAAGUCAUUCUAAACAGACAUCAAGAUACCCUUAGAAAUACGAUGAAAGUGUUUUAGUACUUUUAAAAAUGGGUCUAGUAACAUAUAUUCGAGCGUUACUAGUGCGGAUACUGUUUGCAUGCCAUGGAGUUAUGGCCAUAUGGAGAUUGUACAUGGUCACAGGAAGUGUGUGGUGUUGGUAUCUAGGCGGUGCACUGUUUCUGCUCUUUCUAGAAACGCUUAUAACAAUAGCAAAGAAACGCGGAAAAGAAUGGAAAUGGUUUUGUCCAAGCGUAUUUUUCUACUUAGGAAGUGUUGUACCGGCUAUUUGGUUCUUAGAGCUUCAUGAAAUGGAGGCGAGAAUAUCACUUAGGGAACAGGCAGAAACAAAUUCGACAAAUGUAACCAUAAGUCGAGCACGAGGAAAUGAUACGAAAGAGUCUUUAAAUCUAAACCUGGAUGAUUUUGGGUUGAGCAUUUCAAUACCUAUAGCAUUUUCAGCUGACCUAUGGUUGCGAGUUUUGGAACAAUUUCUGUUGCUCAUGCUUAUUGUGGGUCGAUGGAUUUUGCCAAAGGGUUCCAUAUCGCAUGACCAGUUGUCCCAGCUUCUUCUUGUUUACGUUGGUACAGCUGCAGAUAUUGUAGAAUUUUAUGAAGCCUUCAGUGAGGACGAGGUUAAAUAUAAUAGGCUUCUUUGCUACAUAAUACUAGGGAUAUGGUCGUUGAGCUUACUGCAAUUUACAAUGGUAUUAACUGCAUCGAAAGCAAGACGAGAUCAGGUUGGUCUUCCGAUGCAAAGAACAGAGUUUGAAGAUGAUGGAGGGUGUUGUAAUCCGGAGUUGUACGGCAUCCUUACGUCAAUCUUGUUACAAGAUCUUCCAUUUUUAUGUGUACGGUUAAUGCUGAUCUUUUGGUACCAUGUUGUAUCAUACACAAACAUGUUCUUCACCUCCAAAAACUCACUGGUCAUUAUUUUACUCAUUUAUCGCCUUAUUGUUGUUCACACGGAAGCUAGGAAAAAGAGGCGUAAGCAAAGGGAAUCCGUUAUAUCCCUUCCUCUUUAUGAUCUUCAUUCAAAUGGACAAAAACCUAAUGGUAAGCAUGUAGGAAAACAACUUCGCAAAAAUGAUAGAAGCAGAAGCACUCCUAGUGUAUAUCAUCAAGGAUCAGACAGUUCGCUACCAAGACACAUGAAGAAAAAAGGGUUGCAUCAGUCCAAAAAUAGUCAGAGCGUUUCCAGUUUGGCGAUUCCGACGAUUUCCUCAGAAACAAACAUGAAGUGUUUAGGAAAGGAUCGUCGAAAAAGUUUAACACCAACGGAAAAAAAUAAAAUUUGAACAUAUUUGAAAUCAAAGUUUUCAUUGUUAGUUUAGAACUUUACAUGCUGAAAGUAAUAUAUAAACCACAUCACAUUGCUUUUAAAAGGUUGUUUAUUAAUUACAUAUGUAUCAGAUUGAUGUGAACCUAAGUUUAAUGAGUUACAUGUUUUACGUACUAAUGAAAAAGAUACAUUUUACUCGCUGUUAGCUGUCAUAUGCCUAUUCCAAAUACAUAUUUUAAGUGUUUUGUUAACUGUGUGUCCUAUUGACAAGGUUAUGGUUUUUAUCACUUCCAUUGUUCAUUUUGCAUGUGGUACUAAUUACCUAUGAGUGACAUCUUUUAUUUUCAAAUGUCUAAAUACAUAUAUAUGAACGUAUACAAUUACAAAAGCAAGACAUCGACCGUAUAAAUAUUGGUAUAACGAUAAGAAUAGAUUAACCACUGGCAUGUUUCUGAUUUUCAUUUUAAUGCUUGCAUACUUGCACACAAUAUCAAGAAUAAGGAUAGUAUGCUUAAGACAAACGACAUUGUGUAUGUUACUAAGUUUAGUUAAAGUAAACAGUUAUUGUUUAAUCAAAAUCAGAAAAGCUUUAAUUAAAAUCAUAUACAUCACUUGGUGAAUCGUUAUGUAAUAUAUAGCGUAUAUGUGGUCGUCCACGAGCUUCGUUAAGAACUUAAAUUCAUUAUGAAUGCCACUGUAUACAUGUAUGUCCUUGCAGCUGUUUAAUGUUUGAAAUAAGAAUAGCUUGCAGAUGUUAUUUCUGCACAUGAUUUAAAUAAAUAUAGAAUGAUGUAAGAAACGUGACCUCAUACUUUAACUAACCAAUUGUUACUUUUUAGUCAUUAAAAUCACAGAACCGUGAUCAUGCUGUAUUUCACGUCAUUUAAUUUUGGAGCAGUAUCCAACCAUUAUCGUUAUCAGACAUGCUUCUACAGAUUCAAUAUAAAAAUUAUAUCAUCAGUAAGGAAGUCGCCCAGACAGAUAACGGACAGUUUUGUUUGUUUGUUUGGAUUUUUACGGCACGUCAACACAUAACUGGCCAUAUCGUGCCGAAUGCUAUAAUAGGCUUAAAAGUUAUGUAAAACUUUGUAAAUGACAAUAGAAAUGAGCCAAUUAGAUCCUGGAAUACAAGUUUAUCUCUUUCAAAUAAUCAAUUAUGUUUUUUGAUGGAAUUGUAUUAAAGAGUUCUUUGAGUGAAUUUACAGAAUAAAAUCUAUUACGGGCCUGUGAAAAUUCAUGACAUUCAAGAAGAAAAUGCUCGACAGUCAUGAUUUUUCACAGGCCCGUAAUAGAUUUUAUUCUGUAAAUUCACUCAAAGAACUCUUUUAUACAAUUCCAUCAAAAAACAUAAUUGAUUAUUUGAAAGAGAUAGACUUGUAUUCUAGGAUAACGGACAGUCGAAGGUCUUACAUAUGCACGGAUAGGCACCUGCAGUCUUCUUACACAGGUCAAGCUUAAAAGCCGCCAUGCGACCUUAAUAUUGCGUGUUCAAAAAAUCACUUACUGGAAAAGAAACGCAACAACUCACAACAAAAUAACAUUUCAGAAGCAUUAUUCUUUUCUUCGGUGUAAUUUUGUAAUUUAAGUAUAAUUAUACAUUUCUAUCUAUGCUUAUUACAAUUGUGACAUUUGCUUAUUUCGUUUGUGUAAGUCAUUUUGUUGAUAAACUAUAUGUAAUACCCUGAGCAACAUAAUGACGAAUUCGGCCUGUCUUAAGAUAAGAAUUUGUCUGGUUCAAACUAUUUUUAAUUUCCUCAAUAUAUCAUAUACUACUGUAAACGAACUGUUCCAAUUGAUCUUGGAAAGAUAAUUGACUUUGGUAUAUGUUAAUACAUGUAAAACAAACUUGAAAUGAAUAACAAUGUCAUUAUACAAACUUGAUGUAUAGUUUUUAUCAAUUCAGGAAACAUGGCGAAAUAUCUAAGACAAGGAAUGUAAAACAUGAAUUUACAUUUUAGAGCGUAAUCGUUAUUUGGAUUUGUUACCAUUGAAUAAGACAUUGUAUGCAUUCUGUUUUUUUUUAUGAAAAUGAAAUCAAAAAAUAAAAUUACAAUGAAAUCAA